AUGCUCGCCCCCACACUCUUCGUUCUUUGGCCGCCAGAAACCUACAAAGUCUUCAACAGCGACGGCAAAGGCCUCGGCGUCUUUGCAGCACAUGAUCUGGAUGUUGGUGACAUUGUCAUGCGAGAAACACCAGCCAUAAAAAUAGUACCUCCAGAAUUUGUGAAAGGCUCUGGCUAUCCCAUGGUUGCGGUCGCAGAACUAGUUCGUGCCGAAUUUGAGACCCUGCCAGCGCCACAGCAAGAAGAAAUAAUGUCUCUUACCUAUCAUGCCACAGCGCAUGAAAAGAAAACAAUGGACAAGCUUGGUAUCAUCUUCCGGACCAACGCAUACAACUCAGGCACCGAAAUAGGCCUCUUCCCCAAGAUCGCCCGGAUCAACCACUCUUGUCGGCCAAACGCCAGCUACUACUGGAGUCAAACCCUGAACAAACGCAUCGUCUAUGCAACCCGACGAAUCGCAAAAGGCGACGAAAUCUUUGUGUCAUACAUACCACUUCUUUUGACCCAGGAACAACGGCAAAAGCAUCUCGACCGCUACGGCUUCAAGUGCACCUGCGAGGCCUGUGCCCAGGAACAUGCUGCAAUGGAAGCCAGCGAUGAUCGCCGUACAACGAUCAGUAAAGCCUUUGUCGACUUUGAGCCCCAACUAACACUUACUUCGCCAAAGACAAAGAAGGCAACGCAACAAGCUCGCAAAAAUGCCAGAGCCAGUCUCAAACUUGCAGAGCUUGUGCACGAAGAGGGCCUUGCCGAUUAUUAUGCCAAAGCUUACAGAAUAGCCGCUAUCUGUCACGCGCGAGUUAAGGACUGGGAGCCGGCAGCAAUAUGGGCAAACAAAGGCUAUGAGCUCAAAUUUUUAGAGGAUCCCCAGUCUGUGUACACAAUGGAGAUGCAUAAUCUUACCGGCAACUUCAUCCAAGAAUGGGAGCACGAGUUGAUGCAGAAAGCUCAACGACAGGCCAACUCCAACUAG